AUGGGUUCAACGGUGAUAGCUAUGCCAGAAGGAGAUAAUCAGGAAGUACCCGUUAGAGAAAAUAAGAAAUCAAAAUUUUCUCGGAGGAUUCUUUGCAUGGUUUCUUUUCCCGUGAAAAAUGACAAGAGAAGAGUUAGACAUAGCAUCAAAGUUGGAGUUGCUCUCGUUUUAGUUUCUCUUCUCUAUCUACUCGAUCCUCUUUACGAGCAAGUUGGAGACAAUGCCAUGUGGGCUAUAAUGACUGUUGUUGUCGUCUUUGAGUUCUAUGCAGGUGCUACACUCAGCAAGGGCUUAAACCGUGGGAUUGGAACCAUACUAGGAGGUGGAUUGGGAUGUUUAGCAGCAGUUUUUGCUGAAGAAGUUGGUGGAGUUGGCCAUGCUAUUAUUAUCGGCACUUCCGUCUUCAUUUUUGGCACGGCUGCAACCUAUGCUAGGUUAAUUCCGAGCAUCAAGAAGAGAUAUGACUAUGGAGCGAUGAUUUUCAUCUUAACCUUCAAUCUGGUCGCGGUGUCCGGCAUACGAGCAGACAAGGUUGUGCAAUUGGCCCGUGAGCGUCUCUCAACCAUCGUCAUAGGUUUUGCAAUAUGCAUUUUCGUUAGUUUGCUCGUCUUCCCUAUUUGGUCUAGCGAUGAGCUUCAUGAUUCUGUCGCCUCCAGAUUCAGUGAUCUUGCUGCUUCUAUUCAAGGAUUUACGGAGGAGUAUUUUGCAUUCACCGGAGAUAAGGAAAGCCGGCCUGAAUUUAGUUUCAGUAGUUGCAAGUCCGUGUUGCAUUCAAAGUCCAAGGAUGAACUGCUGGCAAAUUUUGCAAGAUGGGAACCAUGGCAUGGAAAAUUUGGGCUUUUUCACCCUUGGGACAAGUACUUAACAAUUGCAGAGCUUCUUAGAGACAUAGCUACAACCAUUAUUUCACUUAAACCCUCCCUUCAAUCUUCAAGAGAGUCAAGUGAUCAGAGUCGGAGAGAGUUGAUCAAAGAACCAUGUGAGGGAGUUGGGAGAUCACUUGCAUGGAUUUUAAGAGAGCUCGGAGAGAGCUUAAAGAAGACGAGAAGAUGCCACUCAGAGAUUUUGUUAUUACCCAAGCUGGAAACUAUGAGAGAAGAGCUGAGUCAGAUGAUGUCGAGUUCAAGACUCGGGCAAUUCGAGAAUGCUGAUGGAUUUGCAGUGGCAAGCUUUCUGUUCUCAUUUAUGGAGAUUAUAGACAAGGUUGAAGAACUGGCAAAAGAAGUUGAACAACUAGGGAAGCUAGCCCAUUUCGCUAUUAAAUAG